CGACUGUGUCGUCCUACCAAGAGAAGGCGCAACAGCACCAGAAGCCCAAGCGCGCCCUCCCUUCUGCGGCGACUUUUGACCUCCCUGCUGUCGUAGCCUCCUCCUCAUAGAACUGCCAUCAUCACACAAUGAGCAGUAGCACUCUGUCGCCGUCGACCAUCAUCGCGGUGCAUGUUCCGAAAGAAGCAAGUCGUGCCAUUGCAAUCCACCCGCCUUCAUCUACAGGGUCUACUUCCACUGCUACCACUGCCAAUAUCCACACAACCACGCUAGCUCAUUCGUGUCCUGCUCCACGUCAUUUGAUGUCUCUUCCGCCGCACCUUGCGUUAUCGUCGUCCAAACCUCGAAUGGCUGCUCCACGCACCCCGUUGAUUGGAUCCCUCCCUGAUCCAAGCUCGUCGUUUUUGGCGGCGCAUCCCAUGCCGCCAUUGCAUCUCCCCCCUCCUCCAUCAGAACUCAAUCUUCCUUCCGAAUCUACAUCGUUGUCAUCCAGACGUGAAACAGUCGUGCAGUUUGCGAGCUCGUGUCCUGCCCAGGUCGGGUUUCUGCACAUGCCGCGCCGUGCCACAACCAAGACCCCGCACCCCCUCACGACCGCAGACGACCUGUCCAAAUCCCCAUCCCUUGCAGUGAUGCGAUCCAUCGAGUCCUUGCGGCAAGAGCGCCUAUCGUCGCUCACGGACAACCGCCUGAGCCUUGACCGGCUCUGCCUGGACGAGCACGACGAAGACGACGAGUCCGACAAUGAUGAAGACGAUCCCGCCAACUUUGAAAUGGACGACGUGUUUGUGUUUGAAGCGCAAUAAAUCAUUUACAUAUCACGUCUUUGGUUCUCUCACACGUAAAUGCCAUCGCCGUUGCGCCCGCCCCAGGCAUGUUCCAUCACGAGCUUCUCGAGCGUAUCCACGACCGCGCGCGCCGUGGGUCGAUUCGCCGGAUCGAGUUGCAGGCAUUGCUUUGCAAGUUGCAGAAUCGGCAGCGGGCACGUGGGGGAGAACCGAGGAAGCGCCUUGCCUGUCAUGAUGUCUUGGACGAGCGACCGCUGGUCUUCCCUUGUAGAGUCUAAGUAGAAACACAUUGUAGAGCAACUAACGCAGCAACUCUCGGACGUAC